ACCUGUCCAAGAUGGCGACUCCAAAUCUCGUCAGCGCUAGUAGGAAGUAGCGGUCGAUGCGGCGUCUAUAUAGGCUAGGCUAUUAUGUCUAUGCGAUAGCCUGCCCUAUGCCAAAGAAGAAGACGAAGAGACGUUUCAAUUGGCUGGAGCUAAAGAACAUGUAAACAUUCAACAAAACAAAAUGCUGAGGUUGCAUUCAGAGACCGCAAAGUUAUGAAGUUAUAGGCUAUAGCCUACCCCAAAGUAAUAGUGCUAUCCAUUGGGCAGCUGGUGCCAAAUCGUUGGUGGCAUGUCGUCUCUUGGCAAUAACGUUGCUCAAAAAUUGAAACAGGACAUUGUCAGCAUUGUGGACGAGGCAAAAUUCAAACUGCAAACUCUAAGUCAUGAGAUAUGGAGCUGUCCAGAACUCGCAUACCAGGAGAAACAGUCGCAUGAUACGCUCAUACGUUUUUUUUCAAAUGAGUCUGGAUGGAUUGUUGAAAGUCAUUUCAUUUUAGAAACAGCAUUCCGAGCAUCGUCGGGCCCAUUCGGUGGAAAAGAAGGCGAUCCAGUUGUAAAUGUUGGAUUUUUGUGUGAAUAUGACGCAUUGCCAAGCAUUGGUCACGCCUGCGGACACAACCUGAUAGCAGAGGUCGGAGCUGCUGCAGCUCUGGGGCUAAAAAGUUCACUUGAGCGUGAGCCCAACUGUCCAGUGCGUGUAACGGUUACUGUACUUGGUACCCCAGCUGAGGAGGAUGGAGGGGGUAAGGUGGACCUGAUCUUGGCUGGUGCUUUCAAAGACAUGGAUGUUGUCUUCAUGGCCCAUCCCGCUCAGGAAGAUUCAUCAUUUAGCCCAUGCAUCGCUAUCACAGACUGCACGGUGAAGUACCACGGCAAAACCUCCCAUGCGGCCGCCUACCCUUGGGAAGGGAUUAACGCGCUGGAUGCUGCUGUGCUGGCGUAUAACAACCUUGCUGUGCUGAGGCAGCAGCUUAAGCCCGAAUGGAGACUUCAUGGUAUCAUCAAACAUGGUGGAGAGAAGCCGAACAUCAUCCCAGACUACACUGAACUUGAGUUUUAUCUGCGCACUCCCUUGUACAAAGAUCUCUCUGAGCUCAAAGUCAAAGCAGAGGCUUGCUUCAGAUCUGCCGCCCUGGCCACUGGUUGCCAAGUAGAAAUAACUUACCCAAAUCAUGCAUAUUCAAAUAUUCUUCAAAACACUACACUGGAAAACCUCUACAAAGAAAAUGGAAAGGCUCUUGGAAUGGAGUUUAAGGAAGUCUCAAACCAUUUUGCAGGGUCCACCGACUUUGGAAACGUGUCUUUUGUGGUCCCUGGAAUACACCCCUUCUUUUACAUUGGAUCCCAGGCUCUAAAUCACACUGCACAGUACACAGAAGCUGCAGGUGCAGAGAAGGCCCAAAUGUACACCCUUCGCACAGCCAAAGCAUUGGCCAUGACAGCUGUUGAUGUCCUCUUUGGGCCAGACCUGCUUCAGAGGGUGAAGGAGGAGUUUGCCCAGGCCAAGCUGAAGCAGGAGUGAAGACUUGUGCCAGCCCACAUAUUAGGUAAAGGUGAGGUAAAUCUUCAUCUCAGACAAACCUCUCCACUCGUCCAUCCUCCAAUGCUUUGAUAAAAACGUACUGUAUUGAAAUGCUCAAUUUAAAUUAUGACAAAGGCCAUGGAUGCAUUUUAAAGGCAUAAUUAUAGGUUUUUCAUCACAUCAAAACAUCACAACAGCUUUCCGAAAACGCUAUAUUUAUUGACUACUUCUACUCUGCAUAAAAAGCUUUUCAAGUGUAAAAAUGCUUACCAUGUUAUUUUAUGGAUAAUUGUCUGUCCAUAACCACUAUACAUACUGAUGUCUCAAACAUCAUUAGUGUACUGAGUAGUUGUUGGUGUAUGAAAAUACAUGUACAUGUUGCACACAAUUAAGUUUUUAAGACAAUUAUUUUAUGGUACUAGACUGAAACAUAAAAUGUCUACCUGGUUUCAUCAGAAUGAAUGAACUGACUAUCUUAACAAGUGGUUUACACAACAGAACACUUUGUCAUGUAUUGUAUCCUGCUUCAGCAUUAAAAAAAUGAACAUUCCCAUCACAGUCUGUCAAUGGCACCAUUACAUUAAGCCAUUUCAGGUUUACUUUGCAGCCAGUUAAACAAAGUGCAUUAUGCACAAAUGACACCACAGGUUAUUUUAAAACCUGAGUUGUCGUUUUGCGUCCCACAAGCAUUAUACAUGGAUUCAGGUCCUUUAUUUCUACUGACAUUAUAUAUACAUAAAAUAGUAAAGGUACUCCUUGAAUUUAGAGAAAAAAAAUAGUACAGAAAAUGUGCUGUUCAAGAAGGUUUGUAAUCUCUGAAGAACAGUAUAGUACAUUUGUAAAUGUCUUCUUUUGAAAUGAAUAAAGAAGGCAAUAUAUAGUAGUAUUCGUCUUCAGCUGGACAGUGCUAAACGUCUUUCAAAAGUAUCCAAUUUUCUGGAGAGGCAAAAAAAGGAUGACGUUAAGAGACUUCCCUCUCUCUUGAAGGACACAGUGUUGUUCAAAAUCACGUUGUGCUCCACAGACAGCAUAUUUAUGCACAGGACCAGGGUCCACCCCUUCCCAGGCAGAACAAAUAUUUACGAGUAUAUGGACCAGU